ACAUCGCUCAACCUUAACCUCUCGUAAUGUUUUGAUUUUUCGAGUGGAGAGAGUGCAAGUGUAAGUGAAAAAUGCAUAAAAAAAUAUAAAAACACGUGACAAAGUAGAAGAACCAUUAAAAACUGAAUUGAAACAAAUCAAAUUGCCUAAAGAAAUAAAUUGAACACUGAAACCCACAUCAUGGCGAUGCGAUUGAUGACAGGAAGAGCCUCAAGACUACUCAAAAGGCAACAGGAAGUGAUUCAACCCUUCAAGUAUCUCCUGGUCCUCGACUUCGAGGCGACCUGCGAGAAGGACGUCCCAAUAACGACUCCAGAGAUCAUAGAAUUUCCCUGUCUGGCCCUGAACACACAAAGCUGGGAGGUUGAGAAGAUGUUCCACAGGUACAUAAAGCCUCGUGUCAACCCCAUCCUCAGUCCCUUUUGCAUAGAAUUGACUGGAAUAAUGCAGGAGACUGUCGAGGACGAGAAGCACUUCCCCCAGGUCCUCGAGGAUUUCUGCAACUGGGUGGAGAGGAAUGACUUCGACGGGGAUAAGAGUGCCUUUGUCACCUGUGGGGAUUGGGACCUGAAGGUGAUGCUACCGGGUCAGUGUGCCAUCGAUGGGCUGGCGGUGCCCGAGUACCUGAAGACUUGGAUCAAUCUGAAAACGAGCUACUGCGAGGCUACACAGCAUUACCCCAGGAGCCUGAAGGACAUGAUAGCGAGGCUGAAUCUACCACCUCAGGGGAGACUUCACUCUGGGUUACAUGAUUCCAUCAAUAUGGUCAGGAUUAUAGAGGCAUUGGCUAAGACUUAUAAAGCUAAGUUAGAGUUGACGUCGACCUGUUAAUCAGUGUUUUAUGGAGUUUCUGGAGUUUUGUAAAUAAAUGAGUUUGAUGAAGGGAA